AUGCUCGGAAAGGAAUGGAGUGCUCUGUUGAAACUGAUUCAAGAUGUUUCGGCGGUUUUCUCUAUUGUGAUCAACACUUUUCUGAUCGCCCUAAUUCUCACAAAGUCCCCAAAACAUUUGGGCGCAUAUAAAUGGCUUAUGAUCUACAUUUCAGUUUUUGAGAUUUUCUACUCAAUUCUAGAUGUAUUUCUAGUUCCGCAACACUAUUCCCACGGCCCCACAUUUCUGGUCAUUGUUGGUCUUAAGGACAAACUAUUCGGCCCCCCGGGUCUUCUGAUUCUUAACUCCUGCUACUGGGGAUGCUUCGGUGCAUCGAUGGCUAUGUUCGCAGUUCAUUUUGUCUACCGAUGGCUUGUUGUUACAAAACACCCAUUGAUCGAAACAUUUUACGGAUGGAAAAUCUGCAUUUGGUUUUCAGUGCCAAUGUGGUACGGGUUGACAUGGAUUUGUACCGGAUAUAUUCUCUCAGCGCCGAAUGAGCAUACCUCGAGGUUCAUAAAGGACAAUAUAAAAGAGAUAUUCGAAUUGAAGAUUGAUGCGUAUGUUUACUUGGGACCAUUUCUCUACGAGAGAGCUGAUAAUGGAACUGUUAAUGUGCACAUUGUGCCAUUUAUUGGGCUGGCCAUAAUUUCUGGAACCAUUAUAUCUUCUGUCACAAUCGUCCUCGUCUUUGGUAUUUUAUGCUACCAAAAAAUCAGUUGUCUCGUUGCCAUCACAGUAGGCUCUGGCAAACUUAUCAAACUUCAGCGUCAACUUUUCUUCGCACUUGUCAUUCAAACUCUUGUACCAUUUCUUUUAAUGCAUAUCCCAGCAGCUAUAAUGUUUGCAUUUGUCUUCCUGGACAUUGAUCUAGGUGUCUACAGUGCAGUUGUAUCAAUGACCAUUGCAAUUUAUCCGGCAGUUGAUCCUAUUCCGACGCUGGUUAUUGUGAAAAACUACAGAAAAGCCAUUAUCAGCUACUUGUCAUUAGAAUGCGUUAGGAAAUCUCCAGUCCCUGCAACUAUCCCCAAAAUGAACACAGGACUAUAA